GUUCUCCCUCAUCUCCGACCGAUCUCCCUCCCUACCCCCUCUUUCCCUUUGUCUUCGACAUCUACUCGGAUUCUGUCUCCUAAUCCGAGUCUUCUCCUUCUAUUCAACACCAGCCAUCAUGUCUGCCUCCAAGGCGGAGUCUCAAAAGAUCUUUGAGAAACUCAAGCUCAAACCCGCAAACAAGAUCUGCUUCGAUUGUGGCUCCAAGAACCCAACAUGGUCCUCCGUGCCUUUUGGUAUCUACCUGUGCCUUGACUGCUCGGCCCAUCAUCGUAACCUGGGCGUCCACAUCUCCUUUGUUCGCUCCACGAACCUCGACCAAUGGCAAUGGGAGCAGCUCCGGAUGAUGAAAGUCGGUGGAAACGAGUCUGCCACUAAGUACUUCCAAUCGCAUGGAGGGUCUGCCGCUCUGGCCAGCAAGGACACCAAGGUCAAGUACACAUGCAAUGCCGCCGUCAAGUAUAAGGAGGAGCUGAAGAGACGGGCCGCUCAGGAUGCGCAACAGUAUCCCGAAGAAGUGGUGAUCACCGACAUCCCCGUCGGCACCUCGUCCAACGGCUCCAGCACCCCGGCCGGUGACGCUGAUGACGAUUUCUUCUCCUCGUGGGACAAGCCGUCCAUCAAGCGGCCAAGCAACCCUCCUUCCCGCACGGGUACCCCUCCCGUCGUGAGUCGCACCGCAUCGCCCUUCCUGAACUCGGGUGCCAACGGCUCGCGCUCCAAAUCCCCGCUUUCCGCCUCCGAUAAGGACAGCCCUGCUGCCUCUCCCGCGCCGGCCGCUAUCCGGGCCAGUGCUGCUGUUCGCAAGACCUCCUCGACCGCAACUGCGAAGAAGGGCAGUGUGUUGGGCGCCAAGAAGGCCCCCAAGCUUGGGGCCAAGAAGAUCGUUAGCGGUGCGGACAUGAUCGAUUUCGACGAGGCGGAGAGAAAGGCCAAGGAAGAGGCUGAGCGCAUCGAGAAACUGGGUUACGAUCCCGAAGCCGAACGGGCUGAGGCUGAGUCCAAGGCUAAGGCCACCACCGCCGCCGCGCCGAUUGCCUCCCCUACCCCCAUCAACCCUUCGCGGACAUCUCAGGAACGUAGCUCCGGUGAUGUUGAGCGCCUUGGAAUGGGCAUCGGGAGACUGGGAUUCGGACAGACUGUUGGCGCACCGAAGCCUCCUGCUCCGAAGAAGUUGGGCUUUGGCGCUGUUGCUACCAGAUCUGCUGCUGAUGACGAGGAACUGAAACAGGCCAAGUCCAGAUUUGGCACUCAGAAGGGCAUCUCGUCGGAUGAGUUCUUUGGACGGGAUCGCUUCGAUCCUAACGCCCAAGCCGAGGCCAAAGAGCGUCUUCGUCAAUUCGAUGGAGCUACUGCUAUCUCUAGCAACACCUACUUCGGCCGCCCUGAGGACGAUCUUCCCGCCGAGAGUGACACCUAUGGAGACAUCGAGAACGCGGCGAAGGACUUUGUGCGUCGGUUCGGUAUCACAGCCGGUGAUGAUCUCGAGAACCUGACGCAGCUGGUUGGAGAUGGUGCCGUCAAGCUACAGGGUGCUAUACGCAGCUAUCUUAACAGCUAAACGAGUCCCUUUUUUUUGUCGUACCUAACGCCUUCAAUUCCCCGCUUCUCGCACCCAUCUUGAUCUUUUUGUGUUAGCCAAUUCUAUCUUCGAUCUCCUUCCACAUGUGGCGUUUACAUCCUCAUGAACUUUCUAUUCCCCAGAUUCGUACCAUUGCUAGACAGACAACUAACCCGGUCGACUUCCAUCCGGACGUACAGUGCUUCGCAGGCUGCUAGACCCCGUCAUCACUUGAUGCGGUGUAGACCAGACCGGCCUUUGCUCGUCAGCCGUUGCUUUUUCUUUCUUUUCCAUUGUUCAAAAUUACCGUCAAAAAAUUAUUUCGCUACCAGCUUCGAAACGCUCCUUGGGAUUCUUGUAUAUUCGUUGCAUAUAAGUAGUGUCACUUGCCAGUAUUAGGAAACCGCAUCAAUGUAAACGCCUAGCAUUGGGUUCUUUC